GCACUGGUAAGCGUAGGAUAUCAGGCUCUCUCGACGGCACUCCACUACUAAGUAUUUAAACCACGUCGAAUCCCAUCACCAUCCCAUGAGCUGUAGCGCUUCAUAUCACCCACCCUCUUACCCACCUCUCCUCCAUCAUGUCUGUAGCAAGGAAAGCAACAAACGACAUUAAAGACCUCAAUGAGAGUCUCCGACACCUCAACAAUUGGGUCAAGACCUCUGGACCCUGGAUCGCCGACUCCGAGUCCCUGAUGCGAAAGAUCAACGAGGCAUUCUCCUUCGGUCAGGAGUUUUCCUCCGACGAGUAUGUCGGCAAUGACAAAAUCGAGCGAGUCGUCAUGAGCGUGUCGCAAUUGCUAGCCUACCCCGACUCCGACGAUGAGGGUGAAGAUCGAAGCCCGCAGCUGCACCGAACUGAUAUCGACGAGGUCAAGGAGUUUGGGGAGCAGAUGCUCAGGCUCUACGAAUCCCUCCUCGUCUUCUUCACCGAACUCGGACGCAGAUCUCCCCCAUCCCCGGACGGCUUGAUCCGGAGCUUUUUAAAAGAACCAGUGAGGAACAUUGAGACACUCGUCCACAUGGACCCCAUCCUCAAGGCGGCCUACAUCGUGCGAGAACAAGACGGCUCGUCCGAGACGCAGCGCAACAACGACGAGGAGUACCAAAAGCAACAGGUCUCGGAUCUGCUCCUGUACACGGCGAACCAAUGCCGGGAGAGCUGGCGACGCAGCAAGCGGAGGGAUGAAUCCCCGGACCGUGGCAGCUACGCCAACGACGGCAACACGGGCAUCGGCAGUGUCUUUGUCGAUGCCUACAACGCCUUCACCGACCACGUGAGCCGGACCUUCACCGGGCGGCGCCAGCGCGGCGUCUAUUUCAAUGGCCGGACCGGCACUUUUGAUUAUGUGGACUGAACCGUACUGCGAAAUAAGCAAACAUCAUCAUGUUGGAGCAGUGGCCUAGGGGUCAGUCGGGGAUAAUGGUGACAUAAAUAGAAGAUAAUUCACGAAUAUAUCCCCAUGGGCCCUGAAGGUAGCCAGCCCAGAUUUGUGACUUGUGUCUCUUGGUCUCCUAGUAGAAUACCACGUGCCAGCGGCAACACGUCUACAGCAUUGAAAGAGAAUAGUCAGUCGGCAAUAAGACAGUCAGGAAAUCGAUGUUGAUGCGAAGCGCAGUGCACUACACAGAGGCCAUUGAUGUAGAGAUGCACAUUUGUCAAGAGGGCUUGAUUGAUCUGGUCCUGAAAGCCUUG